UUGUAAAAAGUUUGUCAAUUUUGGGAUCAAUUGGUCGACUCUUUCAGACACACAAAAGCACGGAUCAGUUGAGGUGUGACUGAACGCAGACAUGAAGCUGAAGGCGUUGGAGGCGUUGAUGUCUUCGGUGGAUGAGUUCGCGGACCCGAAGGUGAGUCACGAACAGUACGCGACUUCAGUGCACAUCAGUUCCCGAAUGCUGUUCACGAUUGACACCACUUUCGAUGAUCUGCGGGACAAGUCUGUGGCCGAUCUCGGCUGUGGGUCCGGACGGCUGGCCAUCGGCGCCGCACUCGUGGGCGCGAAGUAUGUGUUGGCCAUUGACUGCGAUUCCGACGCCGUCUCACAAAUGGUGGCCAAUUUGGCCGACUUUGACGAUGACGUCGGCUCACGAGUGGACACCGUUUGCGCCGACAUUACGGACGAAGAGUUUUGGCGACCAUUUCAUAACCGUUUCGAUACAUGUCUUCUGAACCCUCCGUUUGGGACCAAAAGAAACAAAGGAAUUGAUAUGAUUUUCCUGAAGAGAGCCCUCGAGUUGUCGACAAACAGUGUCUAUAGUUUGCACAAGACAUCCACUCGACAGCAUAUAUUGAGGAAAGCGAGCGAAUGGUCAGUGAAUGCCGAAGUAUUGGCACAAUUGAGGUUUGAUUUGCCAAAAGUGUAUAAAUUUCAUAAACACUCGUCGGUCGACAUCGAAGUCGAUUUUUAUCGCUUCCAACACAAACCAACGCCUAAACCAUUAGCUCUUUGAAUGCGAU